GUUUGAUCGAGUAAUCUCGCUUAAAAUAUCAAAGAACUACGUAAAAAUUAAUUAUUCUUAUUAACGAUAAAAAAUCGGGUACGUCUGUGGGUACAGUUGGGAAAAAAAACACCGAAUAUGAUUAUCGGAUGUAUUUUAUUCGACGCGUAAUGCUAAUUAUACAAGGUCGUAAAACGAGUUGAUACGUCGUUAGAUAUCCAGUCGAUUAGAAUAGAACAGGGCGAUCGAAGACUAUCGUUCGCUCCUGAGCCGUGAGCGUGGUGGAUGCGCAAAAUUGAAUGCGCAGUAGUUACCGUAAUGGUGCGCGAUGCGCAAGACGUACGUAGCGGUUGUUCGAACAUCAGUCAAGUAUAGCUGCUGUUAAUAGAUUGCGUCGCGAGUAGUUUGUUGUUGGCGUUGUUUGUUUCCGUGGCGUGGCACAUCGAGUUGCAAAAGCUACGGCGCGUAAUGCCAGCAUUUGGUAUCACGACACUCGUGGUUACGUAGAUCGGUUCGUUGUAGGUGGAACAGAUGAAUAUUUGUAAUCGAACGGCGUGACUAAAUCUAACAAAAUGUGGAGCCCGACGCAUGUUCAAGUGACAGUUCAGAGAGCAAAAAACUUGUUAACCAAAGGAAAACAUAAGACCAACGACUGUUUCGUGACGAUUGCCCUUGGGAAAGAAAAAUAUCAAACGUCCGUGAAGGAAAAGGCCUCGAAAGACGUAGAAUGGCACGAGGAAUGCGAAUUACUUAUCCCGGAACAAGGAAACACCGCUGAAAUCGUGCUUACCGCUCUUCAUCGUAAUUUCUUGGGAGUCGACGAGUUCCUUGGCACAGUCAGCAUACCUCUUUCCAGCUUCGACGUGUACGAGAGACCGAGGAACAGAUGGUACACCCUUGGAAGUAAACCAGGCAAAGAGAAUACGAAAGAAAGAGGCGAACUCGAAGUAAAAAUAAGUUUCAUCGUGAAAGCUGGUAGUUUAACCGAUCUGAGUCACAAAGAACGCCACAAGAGUUCCCUCGGUCAGUUAUCUACGGCUGCUCAUUCGAUUGGCGGCAGUUUACUCAGCAUAGGUAGCUUCGAGAAGCGUAAAGGAUUGAAAAAAUUAGCAAAGUCGAUCGGAAAUCGUGUGAAGGGGAAAAGCAAACAUAAUUUGGACAAAAAAGAGGAUCUCGACGAAAGGGAGGAACACAGAUUCAGAACUACACGGCAGGAACCUGGCGAAGCUGACCCUGGUGUAAUCAGCGAGGACGAGGACGAAUUUACGUUUGACGAUUUGUCUCACAAGAGUUCGGCAUCGUCUUUGAACGCUCCGAUAGUUGGCGGUAAUCACAACAGCGUAGGUUCGGUGACAUCGAGUGCUUCUUCCGGUAACAAUUUUAGCGAUACGCAUCACGUACCAUCUGUACCAACGAAUGCAGCCCCUAGUAAACCGCCACGUUACUCUAUGAGCUCUUCCACCACUUCUUUAUCUAAGGUCGAUAAUAUAAAAGAUGACGAGUGGGGUCUUAAGCUUUAUGGAAAACAAGCGAAUAACUCUGUUAAAAGGUGGGAAAACAAGCAAAGUCCAAAGAUCAUAGUAGACGAACCAAAGGACGAACAUCGUGACAAUUCGCCCAUAAAUACGCCCAACUCGAAUUUGAAAUUUCAAGAAACUCCGGAACCUCCUAGUCCAGCACCGCGUGAAAUUGCGCAGAACAAGAACAGGGAUGAAAAAUAUAUGUCCAACAAAGAAAAGUCUGCGAAGGAGGAAAAGUCGAAGGAGAAAAAAGAGGACAAAUACAGUCGUUGGAGUCCUAAGGAUGAAAAGCAAUUGAGAAAGGACAGAAAGAAAGAGAAAGAAAAUAAACUAAAAGAGUUGAACGAAGUUAAUAAUCUAUCUUCGGAAAGAAUUAUCAUCGGAGGUGAAGAUGCGAUUAAGAAUACUACGCUAAUCAAGAGUCAUCUGCCGCACGAAGUUCUUACCCAAUUUGAAGGAAAAUCGAGAGAGGAUCUCAUAGAAUUAGCGCUGCAACUCCAAGCGGAAGUAACGGAGAAGAAGAAACGCCUAAAUGACUUGGAAGAUUAUAUAGACGCGUUGUUGUUGCGAGUAAUUGAAUGCUCACCGCGCUUGCUGCAAAACCCCUACCAGUCACAGAGACGUUUGUCAUCACCCGGGCAUCAGUAGAUAAUUAAAUGCUCUUCCGUUUUCACGUU